CAAAUCUGGCGCGGAAAAAAAUCAUUAGUUCAAUGGUAUAUCAUCUUUACACUCGGUUACAAGCCUGUUGAUUACGAAAAUGAGUAAUUUUUUCAGUAUUGUUUUACUUGCAUUCGUGAUUGGAAAUUCAAAUCAAGAGGAAUGUUUACCACCACUGAAGGAUUGCUCGAGGGAUAAAGUUACAUUUUUCUUAUACACCGGGGCCAAUGUCGAACCACAGGAACUCAUUAUCGACGAUCCGACGUCGCUGAAAAAAGCCAAUUUUAGAUCCAACAGCAAAUUCAAAUUUAUAGUUCACGGUUUCACUCAAUCGAAAGAUAACCCAUUGAUGAUGAAAUUUCGCAGGGAAUACUUCAAAUCGAGUUACUGGAAUUUAAUUUACAUCGACUGGAAUCCAGUAGCCACAGACAAAUGCUACAUGGAGAGUGCAGUCCCCAGUGCUCCAAAAAUAGGCGAAUGUGCAGCCACAUUACUUAAGCAGCUGUUCGAUCAAAGACCAGAAAUCACCAUAGACAAAUUUCAUUUCAUAGGGUUCAGUUUAGGGGCUCAAAUUUGCGCUCAAAUAUCAAACAACCUGAAGCCAUUGAAAAUACCUCGUAUAACAGGUUGUGAUCCAGCUCUAACGGGAUCUUUUUUCGGCCCACCUGAUUCCGUGAAUGAAAAUACCCUAAAUAAACAGCACGCGAAUUUCGUCGACGCCAUUCUCACAAACAUGGGCGCAAUCGGAGUCUCUUUUCCUGAUGCGCAUUACAACAUCUACGCCAACGAUGGCUACAUUCAGCCUGGAUGUAACGAAGCCGAAGUGUCGCAAUCAACAACUGAACUACUAGAUAUCGACAUUUGUUCUCAUGCUCGAGCUUUGCAAAUAUUCGCCGAAUCUAUCAACUCGCCGUUGAAAUUUACCGCUGUAAAAUGCGACGAUAAAGACGCCUGGAUGAGCGAGAAAAGGAGAUGCACCGGUGAUCAUAAAUUGCAAAUUGAAGUUGGCGAACAUUGCACACCCCCUAAAUCUGAAAAUGAAAUUGGAAUUUAUCAUUUUUACACCAAUCCGAGGAAACCACUCGCAAUACCACCGCCUCCUUCUACCGAUUCGUGUUUUUUCUCCGGAGUAUUUUCAUAUUGUAAAUGGUUAUUCUCGUAUUUAUAUUGAUUGAUUUAAUUUUACUCAAUUUUUACAAGCAUAUUUUUAGUUGAUUUGAUUUUUUUUAUAAAAGUUAUU